AUGGGCGAAAUGGCCGAAAACUUUCUCGAAAUCGUCAAUAAACUUAGAGAAAUCAUUCGCUCUACUCAAGGCGGAGAAGACGAUUUCAAAGAGGCCAUUAGAACUGCCCGCGAUCCAACGACGGGGGCCCUUGACCAGAUGGAUGCCUAUGGAAUCAUCUCGUUGGACGGCUUCUACAAGUUCUUGUGUGAUUUUGUCUUCUGGGUACCAUAUGAGAAUGCAGAGGGCCGUGAGCCCUAUACGAGGAUGUGCCUUAUGUAUUUCGUUUUUGAGCAGCCUAGCGUACGGGACUACCAAACUAAGCUGCUGCCUGAAAACGCGAGACUCCCGCGUGAUGAGCUCACGCCCAUUUCUCAAUGGCUUGUAAAAUUUGCUCAACUUCAAGGCAGUUUUCUGAGUAGUCCAAACUCAAUCAAUGACCAGACACUGGGCACCUUCGAAGCCGUUACAGGGGAUAGCAGCUAUAGAUUGGACGACUACGAACAACCAGAAGACGGAUGGAAGACAUUUAACGAUUUCUUUUCCCGCCAGCUGAAGCCUAACAAGAGGCCUAUCGCAGGGGAAGAGGACGAUACCAUCGUUGUGAGCCCAGCUGACUGCAGAUACGGAGGAUAUAAAGCGAUUGAGGACGGUACUGUGUAUCUUGAGGAUAUCAACCUUAAAGGGAUUCGAUGGCCUAUCAAAGAUCUUGUAGCCUCCACCGGACUACCAGAUGGUACCUUUGAUAAUGGCGUAUUGAUACAUUCCUUCCUCGCGCCAUUCGACUAUCACCGCUUUCAUACCCCAGUUUCUGGGACCGUGGUGGUUUCAAAUGUAAUCCAGGCCCAGGUUUAUCUCGAAGUCAAGGGAGACGGGAAGAAGGUAGUCCCCAUUCGACGACCAUAUGGUAGACCAGAUGACUUUAAGGGAAUUGAUGCUCCUGAUGAUCCGGGGUAUCAAUGGUGCCAGACUCGGGGCGUCCUUGUCCUUCAAACCGAGGAGUAUGGCUAUGUGGCUGCCAUCCCCACCGGCAUGUGCCAGAUAUCUUCGGUAAACAUGACAGUCGAAGUGGGCGAAAAGCUGAAGAAGGGUCAUGAAUUUGGCUACUUCCUAUUCGGCGGGUCAGAUGUGGUAUUACUUUUUGAACAGAAGGCCAACUUCAAGUACGCGGAGGGGCCAAAUCACAAGUUUGAUAUGGGACAGAAGUUUGGAACUCUUGGAGCCUAG